UCCUCUACCUAGAGAUUCUACCCCAUAUUGUAGGUAAUAAAAUAUUCUCUUUUAAGCAUACCAACUCUGGAGAUUCUUAGAGAAUUUGGCAAUUUGGAUAACCAACUUGAAGAAAAAGGUGAGACAUCUCUUCUUACAUUCUUCUCUUCCUGCCCAUUGCAGAUUCCUCAGAGAGUUUUCCACUUUAUCUCAGAAAUAACAAUUCCAUCCAUGGGCAAAAUCAGUCCAAUAGUUCUACUAGUUAUAAUCAUCCUAGCAGUAAUAUUCUUUGUCUAUGGUUUGCUUCAUCUUCUCUUUAGAUAUUUCAUGAAGAUACCAUCUUUUUCAGCGGUUUCUCAAUCCAAUAGAAACAGAGAAACCUCAGGUUCCCAUGCUCUUCAAAGACAGCUGCAACAACUCUUUCAUAUGCAUGAUUCUGGCCUUGACCAAGCUCUUAUUGAUGCGUUACCAAUCUUUUAUUACAAAGACAUUAUGGGAUUGAAGGAGCCAUUUGAUUGUGCUGUUUGCUUGUGUGAAUUUUCUGACCAAGAUAUGCUAAGAUUACUUCCCCUUUGCAGCCAUGCUUUUCAUCUAAAUUGCAUAGAUACUUGGUUACUAUCAAACUCUACCUGUCCAUUAUGUAGAAGUGUCAUUAGCUCUGGGACUCCUAUUGGAAAUAAGCCUUUGUUUAAUUUUCAUGGAUCAAGAGAAAGAUCGAAUCGCUCUUUGGUGGACUCUGAGAAUGAGCACUAUUGCAACCACAAGCCAGAUAUUAUGCAAGAAAGCGCAAGCGAAAUGAGAGUUUUUUCUGUUAGGCUCGGCAAGUAUAGAAGCAUUAAUGAAGAGGGUAGGAAUGGAGACCAUAGAAGUGAUCAGAUGGAAAUGAUCAGUAGCUGCAACUUGGAUGGAAGGAGGUGCUACUCAAUGGGCACAUUUCAGUAUAUAGUUAAUUCUGAGAUGCAAGUGGCUUUAUCCGAUGGAGGUAGUCUGAAACUAAUCAAAGGUAGUGUUGAUCAAGGAAACUUUGCGCCUGACAAUACGGAAAGAGAAGGAAAGAAGAUCUGUGCUAGGACUAGAAGGGAGAGCUUUUCUGUGUCCAAGAUAUGGCUUUGGUCCAAGGAGGAGAGUUCUCAAAGCUUAUCCGAAAACACAUUAAAUGUGAAUUCUUUUAAUGUUGAUAUGCCUAUGAUUGAAGGAACUCACUAAAUAUCUGCAUCAUCUUCUUGUUGCAUUUCAAUUUUAAAUAGAGAAAUUAAUAAUAUAUAUGCAUCCAAAGGUUAUUCAUGUUA